UAAAACUAUCAUCAAUAAAAUGAGAGCUUCGCGAAGGUAAAUGUUUUUAACUUGAUCCACAUGAGCCAUCUCCCAUGGAAUUCAGUAAAUUUGAGCGGGAGCUUGAAGCCCAUCAACAAGUAGUCCAUACUGUUCAUGCCCUCAUAUUUGAACGGGGCUUAAUUUGAGCAGGACUAGCGCAUAGGCUCUGUUGCACCAGCUUUGUAUCAGCAUGAGGUCCGUUUCAUGCAGUCAUACUGUUUGAAGAAAAUCCCCUGAGGACUUCAAACCAGCCAAAAUGAUACCAAAGUAGCUACGCACUCUGGCCAGUGGAAUUUCUAUGUUCUUGGGUGGCCUGAUCGCUCUCAAUAUCAUUUCAUCUAUUGCUAUUGGCACUUUUCGUUAUGCCACCAAGCUCAAACUAAGAAAGGAUGCAGUGCCUUGUGGGAUUUGCAAGCAAAAGGGAUUUAUAUAUGCAAAUGGUGUAAAGGCAGGCAGUGCUAAUAUAAAGUGGUCUCCUUUAUACGAUCCCAUUGCUUUCAACCCUUGCCUUUGCCCUACUUGUGAUGGGAACAAGUUGGCGGUUUUCUAUUCCUUACUACCUUGUAAUUUUUGUUUCACUACCGAUUUGGGUAUUGCCGAAAUUUACUUGUAUGCUGCUUUGUUUGAUAUGUAUUGCAGGGUUCAGCUUUGCCUAAACUGCCUUGGGAAGGGAUACACGACUGGUAAAAUGUGAAAUGUGCAGUAAUAUGCGCCUUCUUGAGGUUAAGCUUGUCCUUUUCAUAAUGAUUUCAAUGUUGAAAUGUACAUGUAAUACUAUGGUUAAUCACAAUGACCAGAAUAUAUAUUUUGGGAAAUGUAGUUCUUGUGAGUUGUGAACAUCAGCGAUAGUGAGGAUUGAGAAACAAAGUAUUCAUUGUUGGUCUAGGAAAAUGGAAGGAAUGAUGAGUGUGGUAGACAAGUCAUAUCCAUGUGAUGAAAUCCUGAAAUGUUGUUGAGCACCUAGAUUUUAAUUAAAUGAGAAUCAAACACUCCUAAAAUUGUAGUAAUUGAUGGUUAGAUUAGCACCUGUAAGGAGUUAUCAGUUCCUUGCCUGACAAUAGCGGAUUGCAAUUCAAAACUUGACCUAUCACUGCCACUUUCUUAGACUGAAUUCCAAAAACAUCAUUGGCAGUGUAGUAUUUCCACUUGAAGCCAGUUUCUCAUCAUUGUCAGAAUAGUAUCACCGAGAUUCCAGUUAGCAUAUAUGACUGAAAUUCUAAGGUGGAUUGUCUCAAUUGGCCACAUAUACUUGACUUAACUGUAUGUUCAUGUCUAACCAAAGGAUGACUCCAACCAUACUAACAUGGAGAUUACCAAUCAAUUAAGGAUGAUCACUGUUAGUAAGAAGCAAGGAAGGAUAAACACUCUCUCCAUAGGAAAAAAAAAAGGGAGUUUUGAGUCCUAUUAUUCCUUUUAAAUGAUAGGGUGCUUUGCCUUUAUGUCAAUGCACUUACUGUCAAAGAUUUUAAAUGCAGGCUGAAGUUGGGACUCCUGCAACUUCCAUAGCUGCCGUGGUCGAACAAAUUACAGGGGUUUACAUG